UUCUUUUUCUUAUGUUGACCCGAUCAUCAUACACUGUUCUGUUCACGCGGAAUAUCCAGUCGUCCAAGGAAGAGGAAGAAACAGGAAGGCCACCUCCAUGCCAUGCCGAUCUCGGAUGUGGCCUCUUUGCUUGGAGGUGCUGCUCUGGGAGCUCCUGUUUCUGUUAUUUUUAAUCUGCUGAUGGAAGAGGUCAUGAAAGUGAAGGACUUCAAACCCAUCUCCAGAGAUCUCUUAUCAAUCAUGCAGAGACUGGUACCGAUUAUCAACAAGAUCGAUUCGAUGUCACAAGGAUCGGGCCCAUCUGAGGGUGAACUAAAUUUUCUGUUCGAAACGAUGAAAAGAGCCGAGGACAUGGUUAGUAAGUGCUCACGCGUCCAGUGGUACAGGCUGUACCAGGAAAAUCAAAGCUUGGUAUACCAGGAAAAUCAAAGAAAUCAAUCAGGAUUUUCUUAAGUUUUUUCAGCAAGAUUUUCAGCUGAUCCAGUACAAGUACCAGUUGCAUUCCAUGUCAAGCUUGAGUACGAAAAUUGACAUAUUGAGUGAUACCGUUAAGGGAUCUGCGGAGCUUUUUGUAGUACCGCAGCCCGAAACAGUUACUAUAUUUUGGUUGCUCCGGCCAUUGAGGGAGCUAAAGAAGAUGCUUCUUGAAGACCAUGUGGUUACUGUCGUGGUUUCUGCUCCUUCUGCCUGCGGGAAGACCAUGUUGGUCUCAAAGCUCUGCCAUGAUGCGGAUGUUAAAGGAAAGUUUAAGCAGAUCUUCUUUAUCACUGUGUCGAAACCCCCCAACGUAAGUCUCAUCGUCCAGAGGUUUCUCCAGUACACAGGUCGUGAAGCAAAGGACUUUGAGGACAACAUGGAUGCAAAGAUCUGCAUCCAACAAUUGCUUCAGCAACUCGGGGAGAAUGGGCCUAUUUUGUUGGUUUUGGAUGAUGUUUGGCCUGAGGAUGAGUCCUUGCUUGAUACGUUUCUGAUUCAGUUACCAGAUUACAAGAUUUUGGUGACUUCUCGGUUCGAGUUCCUGCGUUUUGGUCCUACUUUUUCUUUGGAACCCUUGAUCGAUGAAGAUGUCAAGAACCUUUUCAUGGACUGCACACCUCAUCCCAAUUGUCUAACGUGCGCUAAGCGUAACGAUAUUCUCCUGAAGAUAGGGGGCGGGUGCAAUUAUCUAUUACCUGCAGCGAACCCUCCUUGCAGUAGCAUAUGUAACGGUUGCGACUCUGAGAUUGCACAUGAAAGACCUGUGAAUGUCUUGGGUGUUCUUUGGCAUCGUGAAUGUUUCUGUUGUGAUGCUUGUCACAUACCAAUUGCUAUCCACGAGGUUAAAAACCAUGUUUCAAACUCAAGAGGCAAGUUUCACAAAAGCUGCUUUAACCGGUACUGCUAUGUCUGCGAAGAGAAAGUGAAGGUGAAAAAACUCCAACAACAUCAUUUCUGGGAGGGUAAGUAAUGCCCUGCUCAUGAAUCUGAUGGAACUCCCAAGUGUUGCAGUUGCGAGAGGUUAGAGCCUAUGGGAAUGAAUUAUGUAAUGCUCGGUGAUGGUCGAUGGCUAUGUCUAGAAUGUAUGGAAUCUGCAGUUAUGGAUACUUAUGAAGUCCAGCCUCUGCACUUUGAAAUCCGUGAAUUCUUUGAAGGCUUAAACAUGAAGAUUGAGAAAGAAUUUCAUCUUCUUUUGGUGGAGAAAGAAGCGCUGAAAAAAGCUGAGGAAAAAGAGAAGAUUGACUCUCAGCAUGGGGUGGUAAUCAGAGGUAUUUGCCUGAGUGAAAACCAGAUUGUCACGAGUGUCUCAGAAAGGCCACCGAUGGGGCAGAACAAGCAGCCAAUAGGCCUGGUUACUGAAUCCCAAAUGGUUGUUAGUGAGUGCGAGGUCACUGCAAUUCUCGUCUUAUAUGGACUUCCUAGGUUACUAACUGGAUAUAUAUUGGCUCACGAGAUGAUGCAUGCUUAUCUUAGACUCAAUGGAUAUACGAAUCUGAACAAAGUUCUGGAAGAAGGAAUAUGCCAAGUGCUCGGCCACAUGUGGUUGGAGUCUCAGACAUACGCCUCCACUGACGCAUCAAAGAAAAGAGAGUGCGCGGGUUUCGAGAGAAAGCUGGUGGAAUUUUUGAAGAAUAAGAUAGAAACAGAUGGCUCACCGGUCUAUGGUGCCGGGUUCAGGAAAGUUAACCACACGGUGGCCAGUUCCAGUCUCCAGGAAACCCUCAAAGAGAUUCGUCGCUGGGGUUGAAGACCGAAGACGAUCCCAGUUUUAAACCUGCCAUUCACGUCACAUACCGUAUACAUAUGUGUAAGGUUUGUGUACCCCAUCACUUGUACCCUUUCGGUUUCUACUUCUCUAUUGUCUUUUGAGUGUCAACUCGUUUAAACUUAUUAAACUUUAUCUGAACUGUUUGUUAUUGUAUUCUUCCUGUUAAGUUGGUACCGUGUGUCGUUAAAACUUCAAUAUUGUUAUAAUUAUAUUAUAUAUUGUUUUAUUUGUGUUUCGUA